AUGGCCAGUUUGUUGUCUGCUGAGCCUUCUCGUCAUGGAGUCAAUGACACAAAUCAUAGGAUUUAUGUGGACAACCCACAAGAAGGUGGUGACCGCUGGUAUUUCUCUAGGAAGGAAAUUGAAGAAAAUUCUCCUUCUAGACGUGAUGGCAUUGAUUUGAAGAAAGAGACUUACCUACGCAAGUCAUACUGUACCUUUUUACAAGACUUAGGCAUGAGGCUGAAAGUGCCUCAGGUAACCAUUGCUACAGCAAUAAUUUUUUGUCAUCGUUUCUUCCAUCUUCAAUCCCACGCAAAAAAUGAUAGGAGGAUGGUUGCUACGGUAUGUAUGUUCCUUGCGGGCAAAGUUGAAGAAACUCCUCGUCCUCUGAAAGAUGUCAUACUAGUUUCAUAUGAAAUUAUUCAUAAAAAAGAUCCUGCAGCUGCGCAAAGGAUCAAGCAAAAGGAGGUAUAUGAACAACAAAAAGAACUUAUUUUGCUGGGAGAGAGGGUUGUUCUUGGAACUCUCGCUUUUGAUCUCAAUGUACUCCAUCCAUAUAAACCCCUUGUUGAGGCUAUAAAAAAAUUUAAGGUUGCUCAAAAUGCCCUGGCUCAAGUUGCAUGGAACUUUGUUAAUGAUGGGCUUCGGACUUCUCUAUGCUUGCAGUUUAAGCCCCACCACAUUGCAGCAGGUGCUAUUUUUCUUGCUGCCAAGUUCCUAAAAGUAAAGCUUCCUUCUGAUGGUGAGAAGGUUUGGUGGCAGGAGUUUGACGUCACUCCACGCCAAUUGGAGGAGGUCAGCAAUCAGAUGCUAGAAUUGUACGAACAAAAUAGAGUACCACCUUCUCAGGUUAGUGAACCCGAAGGGAGUGCUGGAGGCAGUCAACAACCUCCAUUAAAAGCUCCUGCGAACGAAGAGCACAUCACUAGUCACAGUAAUUCUCAUGGCAUGGUGGCUACUUCAAAGGCAGGAACCUCCAAGGCAGCAUUGGCGAGGCCAUUUCCUGAGCCGUCGCAUGCAGAUAAUCAUGGUGGGCUACCAAGAACCACCCAGACUCAAGACAAUGACUAUGGAAACAUUGAAAAGAAAAGCAUUCAAGAUCACAAGGGAGAUGAUGAUAUUAAUGUCUCCCAACACCAUCAACGAGAAUGGGAGAUCCAGAAUAAAUCAGAGUUCGGGUCUGAUGAACACGUUGAUGAAGAUCGAGAAGGGAGUUUUGGGAAAACUGAAACAAGGGAUACUGUGGAGCUGAAGGAUAUAUGCAGUAGCAGAAAUUUGGCCCCCAAGGACGCUACAGUUUCCCAGUCACCUCAAGAUGCUAUAAAAAAGAUUGACAGAGAGAAGGUUAAAGCAGCUCUUGAACGGAGGAAAGCCCGUGGAGACAUAAAUCGAAAAACAGACCAUAUGGACGAGCUCGAGAGAGAACUGGAGGAUGUUGAAUUGCCUGGUGAGAGAGAGAAGAUUAAGCGAGAGAGAAAACAUAGCUGGUCCAAACCUUCAAAUAAGUCAGAGCACGGGAACUAUCAUCGCGCAUCUGGAGAUGGGCAUGCGGAUGAUUUUCACACUGUAGAAGAAGGGGAAGUCGAACCAUUUGAUGAUAUCGACGGGGGAUAUCAGUCACCAAGGUCAGCCAAUCGUAAGAGGAAGGCCGUUAGCCCCUUAGACAAGAAAAUGGAUGGAAAGCUGCGAAAUGAUUACAUGUCAGAGUCUUACUUUCACAACAAUGAUUGA